CAGGUAUUAGUUUCACAACUAAUCCGGCAUCUCUCUCUCUCCUCCCAGUUUCCUGAUUCUCUCUCAUCUCUCUCUAAAAAUUAUGUGCGUCUCUGCAAAUCUCCUCCGCCAUUGCUGAGCCCGUGUCUUUCUCAUUCUAUAAAUACAUUUGCUCGGACAAAAUUACAAUGGAUAGCAAUGAUUCCGCAUCCGAGAUAUCAUUCAGCUCUCUGCAUUUGGACCCACGGCAGCAGGAAGAUAAACAAGAAGAGCCUGUAUCUUCGGAUGAAGAUCAGAGUCUCUAUUUAGUUCCCUUCAGAUGGUGGAAGGAAGCGCAGGACCCUUCAUCCUCAGAUGUAAAGAGGGGGAUCCCAUUUGCAGCAUCCCCUGCUCCUUAUGGGGGUCCAAUGAAGAUUUUUAACAACAUAUUCAACUCAGAUAUUGCAUUUAGUCUGAGGAAAGAUGAUGAUUUGUCAUGCAAUGGAGAAAAUGGUGAGGCGGGUGUAUCGGGUAAAGACUAUGCAUUGGUGCCUGGAGACAUAUGGCUUCAGACACUGAAAUGGCACAGUGAUUCUAAGAAUUCAUCAAAGGAAAGAAAAGGGUUCUUAGCUGUCGAAGAAGAUAUGUCCGAUGUCUACCCUUUGCAACUCAGGCUUUCUGUUCUAUGUGAAACCAACGUACUGUCUGUUAAAAUUAGCAAAAAGGACAAUUCAGUUGAGUGCUACAGAAGAGCCUGCAAGAUUUUCAAUAUGGAAUCUGAGCCUUUGCGCGUUUGGGAUUUAUCAGGGCAGACAAUGCUGCUUCUAUUGAAUGACAAAAAUAAGAUCUUAAAAGAGUCUCAGAAGCAAAUUGGGCAGGAUUUGCUCCUCGAGUUACAAGUUUAUGGAUUAUCAGAAUCUUUUAGAAAUAAAACCAGAAAGGAUGAUACUGCACAAUGUUCGAAUGGGACUCUGAAUGGUGGUUCUGUCCACUACUUCUCUAAUUCUGCUCGGAGCAAUUCUGCUAAGUUUCUCGGAGGUUCUGCUGAAGCUGGUACACUAGGCUUAACUGGAUUACAGAACCUUGGGAAUACUUGCUUCAUGAACAGUGCUCUUCAGUGUCUAGCCCACACACCAAAGCUUGUUGACUACUUUCUUGGAGAUUAUGAAAGAGAAAUAAAUCCAGAUAACCCAUUGGGGAUGAAGGGUGAAAUUGCUUCUUCUUUUGGAGACCUGAUGAAGAAACUAUGGGCUCCUGGAGCGACUCCACUAGCACCGAGAACAUUCAAAUUGAAGCUUGCUCAUUUUGCUCCCCAGUUCAGUGGUUUCAAUCAGCACGAUUCUCAAGAGCUCCUGGCAUUUCUCUUGGACGGACUUCAUGAAGAUUUGAAUCGUGUCAAGUGUAAACCUUAUGUCGAAGUUAAGGAUUCUGAUAGCAGACCAGAUGAACAAGUAGCGGAUGAAUAUUGGACGAAUCAUCUUGCUCGUAAUGAUUCGGUUAUAGUUGACGUUUGCCAAGGUCAAUACAGGUCCACAUUAGAAUGCCCACUUUGUCGAAAGAUGUCUGUUACUUUCGACCCAUUUAUGUAUCUGUCUUUACCUCUGCCAUCAACUUCUAUGCGGACAAUGACAUUGACUGUUGUGAAAACUGAUGGGACUGAUAAGCCACUGGCAUUUACUGUUACUGUACCAAAGAAUGGAAAACUUGUAGAUCUUACUCAGGCUUUAAAGACUGCCUGUUCUCUGGAGGGUGAUGAAACACUUUUGGUGGCUGAGAUAUACAACAACCGCAUUAUACAUUUUCUAAAGGAUCCAAAUGGUUCGUUAUCUUUGAUUAGAGACAAUGAUAAACUAGUAGCCUACAGGCUACCAGAUACAGAAGCUCCUCUCUUUGUCUUUAUGCAUCAGCAGGCUGAAGAUUAUAUUUUCAUAACGAUACACAGAAAGAGAGGGCAUUGCCCUAUCAACUAGUGGCAUGUUUCAAGAACUUGGAAUGUAAUUGUGAUUCGAAGCGGAAGGUGGAUGGUCUGUUUUCUCGGGAUAAGAUGUCUGCAAAAGAAGCAUGACAUGAUAACCUUGAAGAAAACAAUGAGAAUGUAAAUAAGUAUGCAAAUAGAUAAUUCUUUCCAACAAUGGAAAACCCUCUUUCCAACAAGGAAAGCCUUGGCCAAAAUGCCGUUUCUCUUACAAUAAACUUUGAUGAUCCCUUUACUAAUCCUAGGAGACCAUUAUAAAUGCU